CAUGGUAACGGAAAACUCGUAAACAAAACCCGGAAAAUGGCAGACCGCAGAAUGUAUCUGUAGAAAGGUAGAAAUAACUCAAUCUCGAAGUGUAAAACAUGUCCUUUGAGAAGAUAUUGUACAAAUAUGACGAACCACACGGAAUCGGCGACGUCUACUUCAUUUGGCAGAAGGCUCUGCUGGCUACCACGGGCACAGAUGGCUCCGUGGCUCUGUACAACCGCCAGGGGCAGCUUGUGCAGCGCAUUAUCCUGGCAGGACUCUGCUCGGGAUUCGCGUGGGACCAGGAGGGUGACCUGCUGGGCAUCAUAACCAGCGGCUCCCCAAACAUCACUUUGUGGGACUACACCAGCCAGGAGAAGGUCAGCGUGGAGACUGGCCUGCGGGAUCCGCUCACCUGCAUCCUGUGGUCCAAGCAGCAACAACUUCUGGCCGUGGGCACGGGUCGGGGCAAUUUGGCAAUCUACAACCACCGCAGCGGAAAGCGACCCACGCCGGUGCUGGGCAAGCACAGCAAGCGGAUCACCUGCGGCGCCUGGUCCGCUCAAAACCUCCUUGCUCUGGGAUCGGAGGACAAGAGCUUCUCGCUGAGCAAUGAGGAAGGGGAUACAGUGCGAGUUGUCCAGCUACGGGACGCCCCCACCGACAUGUACUUUGCCGAAAUGGCUAACGACGACCGCAUUGCCGGUGACAAUGCCAUCAGCAUGAUCAUCGGCAAACGGACACUGUUCCUCUACUACCUCCCUGAGCCGGAGAAUCCCACGGAGCUGGGUUUCCAGAGCCGAUACGGGUCACUGAUGCAGCACAAAUGGUUUGGCGAUGGCUACAUACUGCUUGGCUUCUCCAACGGUCAUGUGGUGGCCAUUUCCACCCAUCCCAAGGACGUGGGCCAGGAGCUGUGGCAGGUGAAGAACCACAAGGAUACGUUGACGGGAUUGGCCUACUGCCCAACAUUGGAUAUUGUAGCUUCAUGCGGAGAUGACAGCAUCAAGAUUCACUCAAUCACGAAUCUUCAGGAAACGGAGCGUAUCAUCACGGUGCCGGAUCAUGCUGGCGUUCAAAUGAUCGACUGGUCCCCUGAUGGCCAGCUGCUGGCAGUAACUACAAACAGUGGCACUGUCUACAUCUAUGUAACCAAGCUGCCGCACCUGUUCGCCGUAUCUGCCCCACGGAUUGUGAUGCUAAGUAGUCUGGCCGAGGUGUCCAUCUACGUGUACGCACCGGACAAGUCCAAGUCGCUGCCCUUCCGUCUGCCACUGGAGGGAGAGCCCACCUUUAUGGCUGUGGGGCCUUAUAAUUUUGCGGCAGGCAUCGACAAGCACGUCUGGUUCUAUGAUCUCGGCAAGAGCCUGGGCGACGAGCCUCACCCACUAAAUGAGCGAGACUUUCCGAGAACCAUAGAGUCCAUGAGGCUAAAUGCGGAUUACUGUGCUGCCCUUUGCCCGCCUCAGCUAAUCCUGCAGGCAAUUACCACAGACAAUCCCAACUGCAAGGACAAGCUGCAGGCGGUGUUUCCUAACGCCCUGCCCAACAUGCCCAGCGAUGCGGUGAUCACAUGUUUUACCCUCAGCCAGGAGAUGCUAAUCUUUGCCACCGAUAUCGGUCACCUGGUCUUCUUUUCGCUGGAGAAGUGGGAUAGCUGCACUAUAUAUCGUCACAGCAUGGGCAUCCGGCAGUUGUUUAUGGACAUUGAAGGCACCAAGACCAUCUUCAUCGACGACCAUGCCCAAGGCUAUCUGUUCCUGCCCGCCGUCGAGGAGGCCCUGCUCAUACCCGAAAUGCCCAAACAGUGUAUGGGCUGUCUGUGGGAUCUCACGCAGCCAAACAUUUUCAUCAGCUACGAUGCAAGGAUCGUAAACACACAUAUCUUUGUGCGUCACUCUGUGCAAGGUACGCAUACCUUGAAGGUGGGAGAGUCCAAGCUGAAUCCGGGGCAGUUCCCGCUGCUUCUGUGCGGCGGGGAAAUGGCGCUCCAUGUGGAUGGUGGCCAGUAUGCGACCCAAUCUCUCAGCACCCAUGUGGUGAAUCCCAGCAAUAGCCAGACAGCUAAUCUUCAGGUGCUUCUAAGAUUGAGGAACUAUGACGAGGCCUACAAGCUGUGCAAGCAAAUGAACCUGAGCAGCGCCUGGCGAGAGUUUGGGGAGCAGGCCAUUGCUGAUCUGGAGCCGGAUAUUGCCAUUAGAGCCUAUCGCCAGUUGGGUGAAGCGGCUCUGGUUAAUGCUUUGUCUGAGUUACGUUACGUUGAGGACCUAGACAUGCUUAUCGGCUGCUGCUGCAUGCUUUUGGCCCAGUACGAGCAGGCCAAGGAGCACAUGCUUAAAGGAGUUUAUACCAGGGCCGCCUUGGAGCUGUCUCGCGACCUUUUGCAGUGGGAUCAGGCGCUACUCCUGGCUCAUAAGCACGAUCCGCAAGAAGUGCCUUAUAUAGCUAGGGAGUAUGCCCAGCAGCUGGAGUUCACUGGCAACUAUGCGGAUGCCCUGUAUCACUAUGAGAAGGGAUACAAGGAAGAUUUGAUCAACAGCAAGGACACCGAACAGCCGGCCACAAUGGAAAGCUCCCCUGAGUACGAAGAGCAUGUGCGUCUAUGCAAAAUGGGCAUUGCCAGGACUUCUAUCAGAGCAGGGACUUUAGGCGGGGGGAUCCAAUAUGCUGUGGAGCUGGAGGACAAGCAGCUGCUUUUCGACUGUGCUGAAUUGUUGGCCACCGUGGGCCACUUAACCGAGGCCGCGGGUCUGUAUGAACGCGGUGGUUUCUAUGACGAGGCCUGUGGCCAUUACAUUGCUUUGAAGAUGUGGCACAAGGCCAACAAUGUGCUGCCCAAGGUGAAGAGCACAAAACUGCAUGCGGCGUAUGCCAAGGCCAAAGAAAACGAUGGCCACUUUGAGGAAGCUAUACGAAGUUAUCGCGUGGCCGGUGACUUGGAUGCCUGUGUCCGAAUCUAUCUGGACCACCUUUGCGAUCCCCAUUCGGCCUCUGAAAUCGUAUUAGAGUCGCGUUCAAUGGAUUCGGCCAAGCUGCUGGCCAAGUUCUACCAAAAGAUCGGCGACGUGGAGCAAGCUCUGCAGUUUCUCGUCAUAUGCGGCUGCGUGGAGGAGGCCUUUGCCCUCGCCCAGCGGCAUAACAAGCUGCGCCGCCAUGGUGAGCUGCUAGAACGUUAUGAGAACGCCAAGUCCUCUGACUAUCUGGCGCUGGCCCAUUACUUCGAGGGUGAGAAGUACACAUUGCUGGCGGGAAAGUACUACUUCCUGGCCAGGGAGUUUACCAAGGCCUUGAGGUUUCUGCUAAAGGCUUCGGCGUUUAACAACGAGGAGCAGGUCUCCCUUUCCUUGGCAAUUGAUUGUGUGGCCACGUCAAAUAACGAACAACUGGCCUCGCAGCUCAUUGAAUUUCUGCUGGGCGAAGUUGAUGGAGUUCCCAAGGAUCCGCGGUAUCUGUUCCGUUUAUACAUGGCCCGAAAGCACUACAAGGAUGCGGCCAAGACGGCUGUUAUUAUUGCCAACCAAGAGCAACUCGCUGGCAACUACAAAUCAGCUAGGGAUCUGCUAUACUCAAUGUACCAGGAGCUGCGCCGCAACAAUCUGUCUGUAACGGCCGAGAUGCGCCACCAGUUCAUCCUGCUGCAUCGCUACACCCUGGUGAGGAUUCACGUUAAAUUGGGCAACCAUCUGCUGGCCGCCAAACUGCUCGUCCAGGUUGCCGCCUGUAUCUCACAGUUUCCAGAGCAUAUUAUUCCCAUACUUACCUCCACGGUGAUUGAGUGUCAUCGAGCUGGUCUCAAAAAGUCGGCGUUCACCUAUGCCUCCACUCUGAUGCGUCCGGACUACAGAAACCAGCUGGAUCCCCGCUAUUCGAAGAAGAUCGAGUCAAUUGUUCGCAAGGCUCCCAAGGGUAUCAAGCAGCUCAGGGAUGAGAUCGACGACGAGACCAUGGAGUGCCCCAUAUGCGACUCCAACCUGGCCAACAUGGAUGUAACCUGCUACAGCUGCAAAACUACGCUGCCCAUCUGCAUUGCCACGGGUCAGCACAUUAUCAAGCAGCUCAUGACCUCCUGUCCGCAGUGUGACUUUCUCUGCUUCCGGGCCGAGAUGGAGAACAUUCUGUCGGAGAAUGGCGAGUGUCCCAUGUGCGGCGAGCAGGUGGCUCCGGAGCAACUCCUGGAUGUGGAGGACAUUAGACCUUACAUUCUAGCCGCCUCUUAAGAUCGAAUAAUUAAAGGACUGAAGCGAACGAAUAGACUGCACAUAAUCACACAACACCAAAAAAUAGAUAUAUAUUUAUAAGAUGCCAGGCACAAAAUACACUUGAUAUA